AUGAUUACAGACAUUACAGACGUGACCGCCAUGAUUGCGGGCAUUGGAGACGUGCCGUACCAGGUCAUCGGAGUCGCUGCUAUUGCGGCGACUUUUGUCCUCAUUAAACUGUUGGACUCGACCGACAUUCCGAAAAUCAAAAAUCUCCCUUCCAUCCCUGGUGUCCCCAUCUUCGGUAAUCUGUUGCAGCUGGGUACGGACCAUGCCCGUGUCGCCGCGAAAUGGGCCGAGCAGUAUGGCCCCGUCUUCCAGACACGGCUAGGAACCAAGGGCUUCACUAUCGGCACUUCACCGUGGGAUGAGUCCUGCAAGCGACGACGCAAGGCAGCCGGAACGGCCUUGAAUCGCCCCGCUGUCCAGUCUUACAUGCCAAUCCUCGACUUGGAAUCCACAGUCAGUAUCAAGGAACUCCUCGGAGACUCCAAGAAUGGCACCUGCGAUAUCGAUCCCACCCCCUACUUCGCUCGGUUUGCUCUGAAUACCUCUCUCACACUGAACUACGGUUUCCGUAUCGACGGAAACAUUGACAGCGCCCUGCUGCGAGAGAUCACCUACGUUGAACGCGAAAUCUCCACCCUCCGAUCGACGAGCAACAAUUGGCAAGAUUACGUCCCGCUCCUGAGGAUAUGGGGAGCUCAGAAUUCAACCGCUAAAGAGUUCCGUGCCCGCCGGGACAAGUAUUUGUCGGAUAUGCUUGCAGAUCUCAAGGACCGGAUCGCAAAGGGAACAGACAAGCCAUGCAUUACGGGAAAUAUUCUCAAGGACCCGAAUGCGAAGUUGAACGAAGCUGAAAUGAAGUCCAUCUGCUUGACCAUGGUGUCUGCUGGUCUCGAUACCGUUCCGGUAAACUUGAUUUUGGGCCUGGCAUAUCUUUCCACACCCGAUGGCCAGAAGAUUCAAGAGAGGGCCUUGAGGGAAAUCCAGGAAGUCUACCCUAAUGGUGAAGCCUGGGAGAAGUGCUUGAUCGAGGAAAAGGUGCCGUAUGUUACUGCACUCGUCAAGGAGACACUGCGGUUCUGGACUGUCAUUGCCAUCUGCCUUCCGAGAACGAGCAUCAAGGACAUCGAGUACAACGGGUCCAUCAUCCCUGCUGGCACCACCUUUUUCAUGAACGCCUGGGCGGCAGAUUAUGACGAGACCCGGUUCCCUGCUCCCUCGGAGUUCCGACCUGAGAGGUUCCUUGAUGACCCGGAAACCGGCACUCCUCAUUACGCUUACGGCGCUGGAUCUCGUAUGUGUGCCGGGUCUCAUCUGGCCAACCGCGAGCUGUUCACUGCCUAUGUUCGCCUCAUAACCGCAUUCCGCAUCACUCAGGCGAAGGAUCCGAAGGACCGCCCUAUAAUUGACCCCUUUGAGUGUAAUAGCUGCCCCACGGCUCUUACCAUCGACCCUAAGCCUUUCAAGAUUUGUCUAAAGGCACGGAACGAGCCAGAACUGAGGAAGUGGAUUGCGGCGGCGGAGGAGAGGACGAAAGACCUGUGA